AUGGAAAGGGACAAUGACAGCUAUCAACAGGCAUUCAUCCUGGUAGGCUUUUCUGAUCGGCCUGAAUUGGAGAUAAUUCUCUUUGCUUUUAUCUUGGUCUUCUACAUCUUGACCCUGGUGGGCAACACUGCCAUCAUACUCUUGUCCAUCGUAGACUCCAGGCUCCACACACCCAUGUACUUCUUUCUUGGGAACUUGUCUUUCUUGGACCUGUGUUUCACAACAAGCAUUGUUCCUCAGCUUCUAUGGAAUCUUUGGGGUCCAGAGAAGACCAUCACCUACCAUGGCUGUGUGGCCCAACUAUAUAUCUACAUGGUACUGGGCUCCACUGAGUGUGUUCUCCUGGCUGUCAUGUCCUAUGACCGCUAUGUGGCUGUCUGCCGACCCCUACACUACACUGUGGUCAUGCACUCACGUCUCUGCCUGCAGUUGGUGACCAUGGCCUGGUGCUGUGGCUUUCUGAAUUCAUUUGUUAUGUGUCCCCAGACAAUGCAGCUUUCCCGAUGUGGGCACCACAAGGUGGACCACUUUCUGUGUGAGAUGCCUGCUCUUAUUGCCAUGUCCUGUGAAGAUACCACGCUGGUAGAAGCAUUUGCAUUUAUCCUGGGGGUUGCUCUUCUCCUGGUGCCUCUUUCCUUGAUCCUUAUAUCAUACGGCAUGAUUGCUGCUGCUGUGCUGAGGAUCAAGUCAUCAGAAGGGCGCAAGAAAGCUUUCAACACAUGCUCUUCUCACCUAACAGUGGUCAUCCUCUUCUAUGGAACCAUCAUCUACAUGUACCUGCAGCCGGCCAACAGCUACUCCCAAGAUCAGGGCAAGUUCCUCACUCUCUUCUACACCAUUGUCACUCCCAGUGUCAACCCCCUCAUCUAUACUCUGAGGAACAAAGAUGUGAAAGGGGCAAUGAGAAAACUCCUGGGGUGGGAGUAG